AUGCAAGAAAGUGUACCAAAAAAGUUUAAUCUUGAAAAUGGUAAUAUAACAAUAAGAAACGUAACAGAAUUGACAGGGGCAACGAUGAGUGUCAUAGGUGCAUCCAAAGUAUCAGAUUCAAUCCUACCGUUUACACCGUUAAUAUCAGAAGUCUCACGUAUGAUACAACUGGAGGAAGAUAGAAAAAUUUUAAGUCAUGAUGUUAAGGAGAUGAAUAAAUAUAUACAAGAUAUUGAAGGGGGAAUCGCAAGUGAAAUCUCGGGAAUUAAUGCUAAAUUGGAUGAUAUCACACAAUGGAACAUAGCAUGGCAAAAAAAGUUACUUUCGCGAAAUGAUGACGUCAUAGCGGAUGCAACGAUACCGAUAAGUGAAUUUUAUGAUCCACUUGAAAAAGUUAAACGUGGUAGAGCAUAUUAA